UCGGUAAACUGAACGUAAUGGUGGUGUGAAGAUUGUUUAGCUAUUGACUGAUCUAAUAUUUUUAUUAUUUGUAUUUUAUAAUUAAUUAGCGUUAAUUAUAAAUUUAGUGUUGUGGCUGCGGCCAUAUUAUGCUUUCUUAUGUGGAACCUUAAGCCGCCAGUGUUGGCCGAGGAGGGUGGCAAUCAAUGUAGAAAACGUUCCCUUCCGAGCAGCGAACAGUGCCUCAAAAAAGCAAAAUCUGACGAUAUGAGUGCCAACGAGAAGAAAUCGAACUUUUCAUUGUUAACUCCAAAUACUAAUGGAGCUGUGAAAUUGUCGUCAACAUCUAUGAACAAGCCAGGGGCGACUACAAAGAAGCUAAUAAUAAAAAAUUUCAAAAGUAAACCGAAUCUGCCGGAGAACUACCAGGAGACGACAUGGAGCAAGUUGCGAGAGGCGGUGAUCGCGAUCCAGACGUCGAAAGCCAUUGCGUACUCUCUGGAGGAGCUGUACCAGGCAGUAGAGAAUAUGUGCAGCCAUAAGAUGGCAUCUCAACUAUAUGUAAACUUAACCAACCUAGUGGAAGCCCAUGUCAAGGCAAACAUCGAGCAGUUCCUGUCUGAGAGUAUGGACCGGCAGGUGUUCCUCAAACGCAUGGAUGACUGCUGGCGGGCACAUUGCCGGCAGAUGAUCAUGAUCCGCAGCAUCUUCUUGUACCUGGACCGCACUUAUGUGCUGCAGAACCCUAGCAUUCAUUCAAUUUGGGACAUGGGCCUAGACCUAUUCCGGCAUCACAUAGCUAUGAACACAUUAGUGCAGACCCGCACGGUGGAUGGGCUGCUGCUGCUAAUAGAGCGGGAGCGGGGAGGGGACGCAGUCGACCGCUCCUUGCUCAAGAGUCUGCUACGGAUGCUCUCUGACUUGCAGAUUUAUCAGAAAGCUUUUGAAAAUAAGUUCUUACAAGCCACCGAGAGGCUUUAUGCCGCUGAAGGCCAACGCCUGAUGCGAGAGCUGGCUGUCCCCCAAUACUUGGCUCAUGUGGAGAAACGGUUGCGGGAGGAAAACGAGCGGUUGCUGCAUUAUCUGGACCCAUCUACCAAAUGGCAGCUGGUGCACACGAUAGAGCGGCAGCUGCUGAGUGAGCACCUGGCGGGCAUCCUCAGCAAGGGGCUGGAGGCGCUGAUGGCGGGCCCGCGGGUCGCCGACCUCACGUCGCUCUACGGCCUCUUCGGCCGCGUCAAGGACGGCCACGCGCAGCUCUGCAACCACUUCAACGCUUACAUCAAGAAAAAAGGUCGCACGAUAGUGAUAGAGCCGGAGCGCGACAAAAGCAUGGUGUCGGAGCUGCUGGAGUUCAAGGAGCAGCUGGACCGCGUGGUCAGCGUCUGCUUCCAGCGCAACGACAAGUUCUUGUACUCCAUGCGCGAGGCCUUCGAGCACUUCAUCAACCAGCGGCAGAACAAGCCCGCUGAACUGAUUGCCAAGUUUGUGGACGUGAAAUUGCGCGCGGGCAACAAGGAAGCGACCGAGGAGGAACUCGAGAGGUUGUUAGACAAGAUCAUGGUGUUGUUCCGGUUCAUACACGGCAAGGAUGUCUUCGAGGCUUUCUACAAGAAGGACCUCGCAAAGAGACUGCUGGUGGGCAAGUCGGCGUCGGUGGACGCGGAGAAGUCGAUGCUGAGCAAACUGAAGCAGGAGUGCGGGGGAGGGUUCACCUGCAAACUGGAGGGCAUGUUCAAGGAUAUGGAACUUAGCAAAGACAUCAAUAUCACUUAUAAACAGCACCUGGCGCUGGCGACGCCGCCGACGGGCGCGCUGGAGCUGUCGGUGUACAUCCUGACGCAGGGCUUCUGGCCCACGUACCCGGCGGCGGACGUGCGGCUGCCGCUCGCGCUCACGAGACAUCAGGAUCACUUCAGCAAGUUCUACCUCGCCAAGCACUCCGGCCGCAAGCUGCAGUGGCAGGCCACGCUCGGCCACUGCGUGCUGCGCGCCAGCUUCUCACAGGGUAACAAAGAGCUGCAAGUGUCGCUGUUCCAAGCGCUCGUGCUGCUUCUGUUCAAUGAUGGAGACAACCUCGCUUUUGAAGACAUAAAGACCGCCACGAACAUUGAGGAUGGCGAACUCCGGCGCACACUGCAGUCGCUGGCUUGCGGUAAAGCGCGAGUGUUGAGCAAAACGCCGCGCGGGAGGGAAGUCGCGGACGGGGACCACUUCUCCUUCAACGCUGACUUCACCAACAAGCUGUUCCGCAUCAAGAUCAACCAAAUCCAGAUGAAAGAGACGAGCGAGGAACAGAAGGCCACCGAGGAGCGAGUGUUCCAGGACCGGCAGUACCAGAUCGACGCGGCCAUCGUGCGCGUCAUGAAGAUGCGCAAGGCGCUCUCGCACAAUCUGCUCAUCUCCGAGCUCUACAACCAGCUCAAGUUUCCUGUCAAGCCGGCAGACCUCAAGAAACGCAUAGAGUCACUCAUCGACCGCGACUAUAUGGAGCGAGACAAGGACAACCCCAACCAAUACAACUACGUCGCGUAACCCUCCUCUCCCCCAACACUACCCCCCUCAUCCCCACCCCUAGCGCGACACUCGUAUGCCGCUACCCCAGCGGAUUUCGACUGGCGAAUCAACAAGUUCGUGUUUAAUAAUAAACGAUACUUUUGUUUUUACAUAUGUGUCUAGGUUUUUCGAUAAGAUAUUUUCCGUUUUACUAAAAAAUAAAAAACGAUGCUAAACAAUUCCUAAACACAUUAUAUUUCCAGUUUUGGAUGGAUGUUUAAAUGACAUUUUCUAGUUGUCAGGUAUCUUAUUAUUUUGGGCGUAUAAUGUGUUUAGCAAAGUUUAAAUAUUGGUUUAAAUCUUACGGAUUGUGCCCAAUAAUGUUUGUUCUACAGUGUAUCUAAUACAGGUUUUCAAAUACUAUUUGGUAGGAAACGGUCUAUGAUUUUGAACGAAUGUGUUAGAGAAUUUAUCUUGUAAUAUAAUUUUGUACAAACAAGGUAUUGUCGUUUCGUUCCAAAGACUGAGAAAACUAUAGACGCUGUUUUGACGUAGCCACAAGACUAUCUAAUACACGGCAGAUUGACAUAAAACAGGGUCCACGAUGAGGAACAAAAGAUAUUAGUGAUCUGUAUGUAUCUGUCUGUAUGUAUCAUAUCAUGCAUUUAUAAUGCGCGUUAAUCUUGUAAGAAAUAUGUGGAAGAUAGACAAUGUCUAUACUUUUCUCUGUCUACUUUUCGUUCACACAUUUACAGGGACUGAAUCAUUGUUCUAUCGCAAAGAAUGUAUCGUUUAUAUGCUUAGUUGGUGGUGAAAUGACAUGCAAGGAAUUUGUUUAUUAAUAGGUCAUUCGUUCAUCAGUUCAAUCGUACCUAUUUCAUUAAAAAUCAUAUUAAAAUUUUAAUUUUGAAAACAUUAAUAUAGACAAUUUUUAUUGUCAAAAUUAGUUAAAAAGAAUGUGUGACAUGCAUUUUAAUAGCUUUCUUAUACAUAUAACAAAGUCAUUUCCAAUUCGUUAAUUUUAUAUGUAAAUGCUUAUAAAUUUUGUCCGUAACAACCAUAUUAAUAGUAUAGUGUAGGCUUCAGAUAGUAGGAACACUUGGGCAGGAGUCUUGUAUGGCAUACUAGUAUCAUAGGCAGUGCUAGUGAGCACAUACGUGUGCUCUAUAAGCGAUGCUAGCUCCGUGCCUUUGGAAAAAUAAUCACACAAUAUCUGCUAACAAGAAAACGCGGGAAAAUUGCAUACGGAUGUCGGCAAACGACCCUUUUAAUUUACAACUGGUUGGCUAGGUUAUUUAAAUGCAACUUACAAUAGGGGAUUUUCUGUUCCAACUUAGUUUACUUGGUACAGCUAUGAAUAUAGGACAAUUCCUUGUGAAUAGAACUGUAGUGGAGCGCGAAUAUGGUCCUAAUUGGUAAAAUAAUAAGGAUCAUGGUUUGUCCUCUGAACGAAUUUGAUAUUGUAACGUGGGUUGGUUCUGUGAUGCCAAAUAAAAUGGACCAGAUCUAGGAGAAAGGCAACACGGAGAACGACAAUUGCCAAUGAUUUAGUACGUGAAAAUUUAUUUAAAUAUUUUGGGAAACAAGCAACUUGUUCGUUUAUGUAUAAAUAAAUAUUUAUAGUUAAGUUUCAUUACUUUUUCGUUUCCUUUGAUCCUAAUAUUUCCUGUCAUUUUUUUCUGUAAAACAAGAUCUUUAAUAAAACUGAUUGAUAGAUUAAUAAUAAAAUCACUUCAAUGAAUUCAAAAAUACGAACAUUUUCCAAUGUUAUAAUAUUAAAAAGCAGCUACACAGCCUGCCACUUCUCUAUAUUCACACUAAAAAUCAAUUCAAAUAGACUUAGACUAUGUAUUUAAACAUUGUUAUAUCGCCAACUUGAUAAAAACGCUUGAAAUUACUAUUACCUUGGUGAGGUGAUACCCAGUAAUGUUGACUGGUAAUAAACGUAGUAUAUAAAACUUAGGUAUAAUUUAAUUACAUAACGUGUGAUAUUAGACAAUCGUUUGCCCUCCAAGGACGCAUUUCAAGUUCUUUAGUUAAACUACAUUAGGCUUGCCUCAAGACUGCUGAAAGUAGCGUCGGUUCGGUAACAUGACAAUUGGUGUGCAAUGUUUCAUAGUUAUAUGCUGUUGUGGCGUGCAUAGUGAUUGAAUAUGUUUGUGUGUAUCACAUUGAGUAUUUAUCGCAAUGGAAUAAUACCAAAUACGAGUUUAGUUGCGCCCCAGAUCACUAGUUGCGUCAAUACGGAGGGAAUACUAAUUAAAAACACUAUUUAUAAUUUUC